AAGUGCAUAUGUAGUGUGACGGCAAGAAAAGAUUUUAUCCUGAAUGAGACCGAGGUAGGAACCCUCCUACAACUAGACUUGAAUUCCCAUCCCAACCGCGACGAAGACAUGUUAGCAGAACCAACUGGACUUAGCAUGACAAGCCUUGUUCAUUCCCCGAGCCAUCAGUUGGAGAUGUAUUUGAAGCAGAAUGGGUUUGGAAAUUUUGUCUCCCGUUUAGUCUCAACAGCUGGUGGUGAGAGUGAAUGCCGCCCACCUGAUGAUGGCCGGCAAGCAGCUUUUGCCAGCGAGCAGCAAGACAAGGGUGAUGAAAGGUGA